CCAAAUUCAAUUACUACACUCACAUUUGGUUAUUAUUUUAACCAAGUAGUUCCACCCGGCACAUUACCAAAUAGUCUCACAACACUCACAUUCGGUCAUGAUUUUAACCAAGCAGUUCUACCCGGCACAUUACCAAAUAAUCUCACAACACUCACAUUCGGUAAUGAUUUUAACCAAUUAGUUCCACCCGGCACAUUACCAAAUAAUCUCACAACACUCACAUUCGGUGAUGAUUUUAACCAAUUAGUUCUACCCGGCACGUUACCAAACAAUCUC